AUGAACAAUGAACAGCUUCAAGACUGGCUUGCUAAUUUACACGAAAUUUUCUUUAAUGAAAGCGGAAGAAAUCAACGAGAACAAGCAUUUCUCUCAACCGGCCCAGAAGCUCAAAAAUGGAGUCAAAUUCUUUCAAAAUUGGCACCACAAACGAAUAUUUUACUUAAUUAUUUUAUGUGUAAUUUUGAUGAUCCUAGACUUAGCGAGCCUCUCAUAACACAAAUACUUUCUCUUUAUUACAAAAUUGUCUUUAACAAAACGUUGGAGUGCUUCAGCAAAAAUUUUGAUGAAGUUUCUCUUCCUUCCCUUCGCCUUGUUCCACACAAAACAGUGACUAACAGUGCUUCCACAGGGCAGAAUAAUUUAAAAAUUGGUGGCUAUGGAAAUAUUGCACAAUGUAGUAGUAGCAUUCAAAUUUGUGUUUUACCUGAAGAAACGACUGAAUUAGUUGGUGAAACUUAA